AUAAUUCCCUACUAUCAACUUUACUAGAAUCCUCUGGAAGAAGUCAGAAAAACAAUGUGACGUCAAAGUUUUUUCAACAUUGAAAGAAAGGAUAGUUUGAAAAAUAUGGAGCUAAUAAAAGAAACAAGGUCCCCAGGUAAAGUGCUUAGAUUGCGAGGAUACUCAAACUCAUAUGGACCCGAUCAUUAUGGAGAUACUUUUGCCGAGGAAUAUGCGACAGGUUCUGUAAAAGGACUCAAAAAGCAUUUUGAAGAUGAGAUAGCGGAAUGUAACCAUCGUAGGGGUCGUAGAAAAUCAUCGACUGGAUGCUAUCAGAAAAGCAAAGACCAUUUUAGAAAUAUAACGACUCGAAGACGAAGUGAUACUAUUUAUUCCAACCAGAUGGUCGAACUAGGACCCAGGAGCAGCGAUAAAGGUUAUAUUGAGAGCACUGUUGAAAGUGAGAAAGGAGGUAUCGAGCAUUUGGAAGCAGAGCAGAUAGAAUGUAUCUCAAAGAUAAGAGGCAAGGAACAACCACCUAACCAUAUUGAUGAUAAAGAAAACAUGAAAUAUCACCGACACAGUCUAUCGUUCGAUAGUUCAUACAAUAGGAAAAAAAUAUUUCCAUCUGUAGACAUCCAGAGUGGGUCUGAAGAGAGAAACGUCCUGAGAAAUAACAAGCCGAGGAGGUCUAUGAGGUUGCGCGAAGCGAACUAUAUGGAUACGAAUACUGCUCAGCGGAGGAAAUCCAUUGCUAGUACAGAUCUAUCUAUUGAAGACUCGCUUGAUAGUAGUGGAAAUAUCAGAGCUUACGCAGAAGGUUGUACCAAGUGGGUGAGAUACGACUUAGGAAACCUUCACAUUUGUUCUGAUAGUCACCAAAGUCACGUUAUCAAAGAGCUGAAUUCUGUCACAUUAUUGAAGAAGUCUAGAAGGAUGACGGACGGUAAUAUUUCAGAUAACACAGUUUUGUCGUCAAAGUCUACGAAUACGGAAAACACUGAUUUACAAAGCAAUUCCAGUGUAACGAAGAAACGAAACACUCUUUCUUCAAGAAAAUCAGUAAAGGAGGAUUUCAGCUCAGUCUACAUUAUUGAUGAUGAGGAUAAUGUAAUAGUUCCGUUUGGUUCCUAUGAAUAUGAUGCAGAUCGAACUCUUAGUCCUUGCUAUACUUCUGAAGAACAGUGGAUACCCCCAAGCUCAUCGAAGUGUGAAAGUGAUUCAAGUAUGUUUUCAAACAUAACCACAAGAGGUAGAGAAAGUUACGCUUGUGAUGAGAUAAAUGAAUCUACAGCUGCUAAUAGUAACAAUAAUAAUAGACGAAAACCACUUCGGACUUCAAGAACAUAUUCUCAAAGAAAAUCGAAGUGCCUCAGCAGACAUGCCGAUGGACAAUUGCUCGAGCACAAAUGUCAAGUUGCAACAAAUCUGCAUAGAGAUGAAGCUAUAUCAGAUAAUUUCGAAAAUGGCACUUCAAAGCUACACGAUUCGUCGACAUUGUCUAGAAGAGUGUGCGAUGAACUAAAUCAAACCUUUAUUGAUGAUGAACCUGUCAUAUGCGACUGUUAUUCAGUUACGGGUGAAAAGGAUGAAAUAGUACUAGCUACAAUAGUCGAUUCAGAAAUUUCUCAGAUAGGCGGAAUAGAAUCUUUUCUGCUUGGCGACAAACAUAAAACUGAUGGAGGAAGAAAUAAAGCAUCACGGCGACGUAAAAAAAGUACUUCUUCUUUCAGGAAACCGCCUGUAAAAAGUUCAGGAACAAGUACCGGAAAUCCGCAGAAAGUCUGCUCAAACUUGGAGACAAUUUUUGAAAAGCCAAAAGUGACACCAAAUUACGCAGGAGGCCUAAAUCCAAGCGACUCAAUCCUAUGUUAAACGUUAUUUCAGAUGCCAGCGAAGAUGAUAGGAUAAUGGAGCUUUUGCUUGAUAAAUUGUCUAAAUUGUAAAUGUUCUCUAAUGGUAAAUGCAUAACAUGACGUUGUUUCACCACUUCCUAUUAUUACUUGAGCAUAUGAUUAUAAAUAAACUUUUGAACCUACA